CUAAUCUUUUCUAGCAAAGUAUUACCACAAACAGUGGUAAAUUCCUCUCCAGGCUCCUGACUUAAUCUUCUCUGGAUUGCAAUGUAUAAGCCCUCCUUUGUUGGCUGCAGUAUUUCUACCCCUGCUGAUGUGUCAGAAGCUGUGAACAUUAGGCAAAAUACAAAUACGUGGCAUUGUAUCACUUUUUCUCCUUUCUUCUCCUUGCUAGAAGAUGACGACAGAUACAACAGAGGGCAAUAACACCAAAUCCAGCGCUCCCCUCCUGACUCAGAGAUACCUGAGGCUGGUGACCAAGGAUGGACACAGCACGUUCCAGAUGGCUGGUGCCCAAGGCAGAGGUGUGGCAUACCUCCGAGACGUGUGGGGGAUACUCAUGGACAUGCGCUGGAGGUGGAUGAUGCUCGUCUUCUCAGCUUCCUUUGUCAUUCACUGGCUGGUGUUUGCAGUGCUCUGGUAUCUGCUGGCUGAGAUGAAUGGGGACCUGGAGCUGGACCACGAUGCUCCACCUGACAACCACACUAUAUGUGUCAAGUACAUCACCAGUUUUACAGCUGCCUUCUCCUUCUCGCUGGAGACACAACUCACGAUUGGCUACGGCACCAUGUUCCCGAGUGGGGACUGUCCCAGUGCCAUUGCACUGCUGGCAAUCCAGAUGGUCCUGGGGCUCAUGCUAGAAGCCUUCCUCACAGGUGCUUUCGUGGCCAAGAUUGCCCGCCCAAAGAACCGGGCACUCUCCAUCCGCUUCUCGCGCUCCGCCGUGGUCACACACAGCGAGGGCAAGCCACACCUCAUGUUCCAGGUGGCCAACACUCGCUCCAGCCCCCUGACCAGUGUCCAGAUCUCUGCUAUACUUUACCAAGAACAAGAGAGUGGGCAGCUGCACCAAACUAGCAUUGACUUUCACCUGGACAGCGUCACUGCAGAUGAGUGUCCUUUUUUCAUUUUCCCACUGACCUACUACCACUGCAUCACGGCAUCCAGCCCGCUGGCUGCUCUCCUUCAAAGAGAAGCUCCUCACCACUUUGAGCUGGUCGUUUUCCUGUCAGCUGUGCAGGAGGGCACAGGAGAAACAUGUCAGAGGAGAACAUCCUACCUCCCAUCAGAGAUCCUGGUGUACCACCGCUUCGCCUCCCUGCUGGCCCGUAAUGCCAAAGGCGAAUACCAGACCAAGAUGGAGAAUUUUGACAAGACUAUUCCUGAGCUCCCAGCUGCACCUGACUCAAAUAGUCCAAAAAGGACUGACAAGGAGAUCCGCAUCAAUGGACAGCAUAUCGACAGCUUCCAGCUCUCUGAGACUGGCCUCACAGAGUAGAGAUAACAUACCUUGAACUUUGUGCUUUUUUAAUUAUUAUUACAUUAAACUUGCGGGUUCCGUUUAAAAACUUACUUCCUUGCCUGCCCUGCCAUCUUCUAAUGAUCUCUCUCUCGUAGUCUCACCCUUCUGAUUACAACGUGAUAUACAGAGUGAAGAGAAUGUGUGUGCCCACUGAGGAGAGGCUGCAUUAACCACCCAGGAUGAAGUCAGGUGCCUGAAUCACAGUACUAAUUUAUGGGAAAUUAGAAGAGCUAUCUGCUGAAUUCACCAGACUAUGAUUAAAGCUACACUGACCCCGAAAGGAGAGAGCUUCAAAACUCCCAAAGCUGACCAAAGUCAUAAUUAGCCAGCUUGUGACAAAAUGGACAACAAAACAAAAGCAGAAAAAAAUAUGGGGUCAUCCAGUGAAUAGAUGAGUUCUGGUAUAAGUAACUCUGUUCAUCAAAAAGCCUAGCUUUGCCUUCUGACUCUUCGGGAAUACAGACUUACAUCAUGUUUCAGAUGGCUGAAAGUCCUGCCAAUCUCUCAUGGCAGUGAACAGAACUCCAGCUGUGCUUAUUAAGCAAAAUUAUAAAUGCUAAGUG